CCAUGAGAUGUUCGAAGAGCAGGUGUCCACAUACUUGUGGUCAUGUAGUGUAUUUAAUCAUGGCUGCAGCUGAAUGAAUGUACGAGUGUUCAGAAACAUCUAACGAAAUUAAUUAGGCUACAAUAUGUUGAAAUAUUAAGAGAUAAAGAAAAUAACGCUAUCCGUGCACUGUUAUCCAUUAUGACGUUUGCAGAUAUUUUUCGAAUCAGCAAGAUUAAGACACCAGGAAAUAAAAUAUCACAUUACGAGAUUCGCUUAUGCAAAGUCUGUUCUUUGCCCGCGUGGUCAGACAUCGGUCUGUCCCCACCGCGAGAACAAAAAAGAUGGCUAAUACUGUGGAUGAGGACGAGCAACAACCAUCUGCUGCUGAAUGUAAGAUCAUCAGAGUUACUGUGAAAACACCAAAGGAAAAAGAGGACAUUGCCAUUCCAGAGAACAUCUCCAUCAAACAGUUUAAGGAGCAGAUAGCCCAGCGGUUCCAGGCACAAACAGAUCAGCUGGUGCUCAUCUUCGCUGGGAAGAUCCUCAAAGAUGCAGAUCUGCUGAGUCACCAAGGCAUCCACAACGGACUGACCGUCCACCUGGUCAUCAAGACCCAGAGCAGGCCUCCGGAGUUGUGUGCCUCUCCUUCCAACAGCACUGCCUCAGAACAGGCCCAACCAGAAGGCCCUACCUCUGUCCCUGGACCCCCUCCUGUAGAACCUACCUCUGUCCCUCGACCCUCUCCUGUUUCUUCAGCCACCUCUACCCUCAGCCUUGGUCUAGGCAGUCCAGGGACAGCUGCUGCGGGUCCUGGUCUCGCUGAGCUGCAGAGGCAGCUGAUGUCCAACCCUGAGCUGCUGGCCCAUAUUAUGGACAGUCCCUUGGUCCAGGGCAUGCUGUCCAACCCAGACAUGAUGAGACAGCUCAUCAUGGCCAACCCCCAGAUGCAGCAGCUGCUGCAGCACAACCCCAACAUCACCCACCUGUUCAACAACCCUGACGUCAUGAGACAGACCCUAGAGAUAGCACGGAACCCGACCAUGAUGCAGGAGAUGUUGCGCAACCAGGACAGGGCACUAAGCAACAAUGCCCUCCGCAGGAUGUACACUGAUGCUCAGGGACCCGUGCUGAAUGCUGCUGCUCAGGAACAGAUUGCAGGAAACCCUUUUGCUUCUCUGAUGACCUCAUCAUCAGGGGAAACCCAGUCACCCCAGGUGGAAAAUGGAGACCCCCUCACCAACCCCUGGGUUCCCCCUGCUUCCACAGACACCCCUACAGGCACCGCCACACCCACCACUACCCCCACCCAGUCCAGCAAUGGCCCUCAGACCACCCUGCACAACCUAGGUCCCGCCAUGGGAGGUAGAACAUCUAACAGUGCAGGUAUGUUCAAUAGUCCGGGCAUGCAGAGUCUUCUGCAGCAGAUCACGGAGAACCCCACGCUGAUGCACAACAUGCUGUCAGCCCCCUACAUGAGGAGUCUACUCAACAGCCUGAGCCAGAACCCUGACCUAGCAGCACAGAUGAUGCUGAACAACCCACUGUUUUCUGGGAACCCACAACUGCAGCAGCAAAUGAGACAACAACUCCCAAUGUUCCUCCAACAGAUGCAGAACCCUGAGAUGCUGUCGGCCAUGUCCAACCCCAGGGCCAUGCAGGCACUGCUGCAGAUCCAACAGGGACUGCAGACCCUUGCCACCGAGGCACCUGGAUUCAUACCAGGGGUUGGAUUGGGAGGCGCCGGCUCAGAUCUUAACCCUGCCCCUGGAUUGUCAUCAGACCCCGCCCCUAGUGACCUCAGCUGUGGGUCCCAGGUAGUCACGGAAACGGGUCAGCGGCAACAACAACAGUUUGUGCGUCAGAUGCUAGACGCUCUCGCUAGCACCAAUCAGCAGGCUCAGACUGAAGAGCUGCCUUUCCAGCAGCAGGUGGAGCAGCUGACGACCAUGGGCUUCCUCAACCCAGAGGCCAACCUGCAGGCCCUCAUCGCUACCGGGGGAGACGUCAACGCUGCCGUAGAACGACUGCUGGACUCGCCACCCUUGUAAUACACACACACUUCACAUGUGCACAUACAAUUAACAAAUUCACGUGCGCACUCACUUGUACAAUCAUGCAGUUGUACGAUCAGAUGCUUGCACAUUCUUCACUCACAGAGAACUAGUAAAACAUGCACUCCUGAAUGCCAUUUAUAUUGUAUAUGUAAGCAGCUGAACUGUGAAGUGCAGGCCUGUCUGUGCUGUAUGUUCUGAAUGGCCUUAGUUGGUUCAGGCUCUAAUCUGGAUCAUGCUGGCUUCUGCCAUAUUCCUUUAUGCACUAAGAGUCCCAUCCUAAGAGAUUCCCAUCCUAAGAGAGUCCCAUCCUAAGAGAGUUCUUCCAAGGCUCUAAGAGUGAAGAUGUAUUUCCCUGCUGCUACCAAGGCCUUAAACCCAAAUCAGGAUGCUAAUAUAACCCAAGGGUUCCCUACUGGUGACUCUUGAGAGCAUGUGUAUAGCAGUCUUAGUUGUGUGUGUAUAUGUGUAAUGUUAACAGACUGCAUUCAUAAUGCACUAAAUGCUAUGUGUUCUUUUUGCCACUUCAUUAUGGUAUAGACUAGGGGAGGCCAGUUUUACCACUUCAUUAUGGUAUAGACUAGGGGAGGCCGGUUUUACCACUUCAUUAUGGUAUAGACUAGGGGAGGCCAGAGGGAGGUGCUCAUUUUGGAAGUGGGCUGCUCAAUUGACUGUUACAUGGAGCCGGCCUUUGCUGACAAGUUUCUUCAAUAGCAGCCCCUCGUCUCACGCUUGCACAGCCUUGGAUAUGAGUGCAAGCUUGUAGCACUGAUAUUGAUGUAGCAGUGAUGUCCAAUCAAGAAUAAGUGCGCCUGUGGCUUUAGAUUUAUUCCCAUUUGAUAAUACAAUGACUCACUAUGUAGCUCUAUUUACCUCUAUGUAGCUCUGUGCAUUUUAUUAACUCUUACAAAAUGUACUUUUGACUUACGUGUUAUUUCAUGGUUAUUAUAGGUUGUUUUAUUGUCUAAUGUUCAAACCCUCAUAGUAUGUUCUUUAUGCUCCUACGGUUAGGCUUAUAUGUGGAGGAUGAAGUGUUUUUUUCUUUCUAAACCCCAUGUUUCAUAUUUUUCAUGUCUUUAAUGUAUUCAUUGUACAAUUUUAAUGUAUUAAUUGUACUGCACCACUGAAACUGACUAGUGUGACAAAAACAAUGUGCUCUGUCCACCACUGGAGGGCACUGUUGACUCAACUCUUCUGCCUCGAGGGAAAAUAUACAAUUCAGGAGCCAUUGAAGUACUUACUGUACAUGCAAAAAACGGGAGCAGGAAUGGAAUCUUAAUAAUAUACCUGAAUGGAUAGAGUAGAAUCUUUAGAGUGCUCAGCAAAGCAAUUACUGAAGUCACUUUCUUAGCACAUUGCUAGUACGGUGAUGAUGCCAACUGCCUUGGAAAAUUGUAGCCUUCAUCUUUUUGGUUUUAGCAUUUAAUUUGUAUUCAUUCUCCUGUGUGCUGGUUAAUAAAGUGAAAUGGAAAAAACAAGA